GUAGUGGUAUCGUAAUUGUUAGCGAAAGCUCCAUUACUUGCUUUAGCUAACUAUCGACGUUCUGCGUUCAUUUCUACUUUUUUUAAAGAAUUGUGAGAGUCUACUUUACACUACAAAAUGCGUGAAUGUAUCUCAGUUCAUGUUGGACAAGCUGGUGUCCAGAUUGGUAAUGCCUGUUGGGAAUUAUAUUGUUUGGAACAUGGCAUCCAGCCUGAUGGCCAAAUGCCAUCUGACAAAACCAUUGGUGGAGGUGAUGACAGUUUCAACACCUUCUUUAGUGAAACCGGUGCAGGGAAACAUGUACCUAGAGCAGUUUUCAUUGAUUUGGAACCCACAGUAGUUGAUGAAGUACGAACUGGUACAUACCGUCAGCUGUUUCAUCCAGAACAGUUAAUCACUGGCAAGGAGGAUGCAGCUAACAACUAUGCACGUGGUCAUUACACUAUUGGAAAGGAAAUUGUUGAUCUUGUAUUAGACAGAAUUCGUAAAUUGGCAGACCAAUGUACUGGCCUUCAAGGUUUCCUCAUCUUCCAUUCUUUCGGAGGUGGCACUGGAUCUGGAUUCACAUCUCUUUUGAUGGAACGUCUGUCUGUCGAUUACGGCAAAAAGUCUAAAUUGGAAUUUGCCAUUUACCCUGCCCCGCAAGUGUCAACUGCGGUCGUCGAGCCAUACAAUUCAAUUCUCACCACGCACACUACUCUUGAACAUUCCGAUUGUGCAUUUAUGGUUGACAACGAGGCCAUCUAUGACAUCUGUCGUCGUAAUUUGGACAUCGAAAGACCUACUUAUACUAACUUGAAUCGACUGAUCGGCCAAAUUGUGUCCUCCAUUACAGCUUCUCUGCGAUUCGACGGUGCGUUGAACGUUGACCUGACUGAAUUCCAAACAAACUUGGUACCCUAUCCCAGGAUUCAUUUCCCGUUAGUAACGUACGCACCUGUCAUAUCAGCAGAGAAGGCAUAUCACGAACAACUCUCUGUAUCAGAGAUUACGAACGCGUGUUUCGAACCAGCCAACCAGAUGGUAAAAUGCGAUCCACGCCAUGGAAAGUACAUGGCCUGCUGUAUGUUAUACAGAGGUGAUGUCGUACCCAAAGACGUGAACGCGGCGAUCGCUACCAUUAAAACGAAACGCACCAUUCAGUUUGUUGAUUGGUGCCCGACUGGAUUUAAAGUUGGCAUCAACUACCAGCCACCAACUGUAGUGCCUGGUGGUGAUCUUGCAAAGGUACAACGUGCCGUUUGCAUGUUAUCUAACACUACCGCUAUCGCGGAAGCCUGGGCUCGUCUUGACCACAAAUUUGACUUGAUGUAUGCUAAACGUGCAUUCGUUCACUGGUAUGUAGGCGAAGGUAUGGAGGAGGGUGAGUUCUCUGAGGCUCGUGAAGAUCUCGCAGCUCUCGAAAAGGACUAUGAAGAAGUUGGUAUGGAUUCCGCCGAAGGUGAAGGAGAAGGCGCCGAAGAAUACUAAAUAGCGCGCGAUUAUUAUUCACUGUUUUGAUAUCUUUCUUUUUGGUAAAUAAAGAGAUAUUGUCAUC